AUGAAAGCCAUUCUCAUCCUCAGGGUAAUACCACAUUAUCCAGUACAAAGGAAGAAACCUUUCAAUCUUAUAGACGCUUCAUAUACCCAGAGUAAUGCUAGAGCUAACUAUUGUGUUUAAAUGAGUACCAUAAAUUUCUCUCUUUUCCUCUGUAUUGGUAGUUCCAAAAUGAGUACCAUAACCUAGAUCAGCCAAAAAUUUUAGUCCAAAUUUGAAAUAAUUUUCGUCAACAAGAUAACUCAAACUCAGAUGAUUGUGGGAGGAUGA